CGUUGCUGUUGAAAUCGAUUUCGGUUUGCAGCAUUUGCUAUCAACAAGUCGCGCCUUGUUUUUCGGGAAAUCAAAAACUUUUCUUCUUCAAUUGCGAGUGAAAGAAGCUAACGAAGGCCCGUUGUCUUGAAAGAGUUUUAAAAAAUCAGACGACUGAGUGACGUGGAAACAUGAAUCAUCUGCGCACGAUUGGAUUACUUUCACGACAAGCAAAUUUAGGUAGUCGGAACCGCAGAUAUUUCCAUUCCAAGGGUAUUUUGUUUAAAGAAAAUGAAUUAUUUGAAGAGAAACCGGAUUUUGUAAAAAAACUGAAACUCAAACAAGCCAAAAUGCAGAAAGACGACGGAGUGCCGGUUUUUUUAAAGAACGGCUUGAGAAGCAAAAUCUUAUACAACUUUACACUAAUAAUGACUAUAAUUAGCACUUGUUAUUCCUUUAAAAUACUUUACGAUCUGGAUCAUAUGGACAAAGAAUAA